GGCUCCCCGGGGCCUGCCCGGCCUCUGCCCAGGGCCCAGGGCCGCCCUGGCCCAACCGCCCGCGGGAAGCGGCGCCCCGGCCCCGGCGCGGCCUCAGCGAGGCGGCGGCAACGCUUCCUCCCCGCUCCCGCUCCCUCCCCGCGGCUGCGCUACCUGCGCGCCCGCCCCGCGCCCGUGGGCGGUGCGGCCAGCCCGGCCCGGCCCCUCCGCUCCUCUCCCGACCGGCCCUGCCCACGGGCACUGCGGGCUCUACCUGCGGCCGGAGCUCCGCUCCGACUCCUCGGCGGCCGCGGGGCUGCGGAAAGGUGCUGGCUCGGUGAGUGCUGCAUCCCAGGGAGAGAGGAACAGCCUCGCGUCGCCCAUCCCAGGGUAAAAAUGAACGUGGGAGUCGCCCACAGCGAGGUAAAUCCAAACACUCGGGUGAUGAACAGCCGUGGAAUGUGGCUGACAUACGCGCUCGGAGUCGGCAUGCUGCACAUUGUCCUGCUCAGCAUUCCCUUCUUUAGUGUCCCUGUCGCCUGGACUUUGACAAAUGUCAUUCACAACCUGGGAAUGUAUGUGUUUUUGCAUGCAGUAAAGGGAACUCCUUUUGAAACACCUGAUCAGGGCAAAGCUAGGCUACUAACACACUGGGAACAACUGGAUUAUGGAGUACAAUUCACAUCUUCAAGGAAGUUCUUCACAAUCUCUCCUAUAAUUCUAUACUUCCUGACGAGUUUCUAUACAAAGUAUGAUCCGACGCACUUUAUCCUCAACACAGCCUCUCUCCUGACAGUGCUUAUCCCCAAGCUCCCACAGUUGCAUGGGGUUCGAAUCUUUGGCAUCAAUAAAUACUGAGCAGAAGGUUCAACACUGGCUGCCCCUGACAUGGCUACUGCUGCUCCCUGGGUGUAGGAAACGAGUAGUCUGCUGUGCUGAGUAUCUCGCCCUAGUCAGGGAGAGAUGCUUUUACGUCUGAGAUACAAUUCCUGCUUCCUGCAGCAUAGUCUGGGAUGAAAAUCGACUUUAUAUGAAGAUGCCUUCAGAUACUUCAAUAUGUAUUGGAAAUGCAUAGAAGAAAGAUUUCCAUGAAGAACUGGGCAGGCCCAGCUCUAAAGCCUAAUCCCCACUAAGACUGUACGUGUGGCUGAUGCAAGUGGCUCGUAAGGAAGGUACAUGUAACAGCUGAAAUGGAGAGCAGAGUUUCACAAAUACCCAUCAUCCAUAAUGCAGGUGGUAACUUUACAUAUAAAUCCAGAAUCCUCAAUGCCAAGGACUGGUGAGGCCACAUUGUUAGACUAAGAGAAAUUAGGUAGUUUCUGCUGUAAUGGAUUGUAAGUGGUUGUGCUUGUUUAUGCAUUAUAAGUUUGUCCCACAGUAAGUACUGUGACAGCAAGCAUAAAUUGAUGGUAUAAUUCCUGCCUUCACUGUUCUUGUGAUUUUUUAAAUUUUUUUUUUUUUUUUGGUCACAAUGACUGAAGAAAGACCUUGACUGCCAGCUCAAGGGAUUUCCACAUCAACUCUAGCUCACUUUAUAUAUGCUUUUACAAGUUGCCACUGUUGCGUUUAUUUCAUUUUGCUUACCAGCAAUACUGAAUAUUCUAUGUGUAAACGGGACAUCCUGAAAAAUUGCAAUUUCUUUUUAGGUGUGGAUUUUUGACUGCUUUGACUUCAUUGAUGGGUUAUUUUUCAGUAGCUGAGAGGCCUGUGAGGUGGUGGGGAAAGGGUUGCUGCUGUCAUAACAGAGGCUGCUCUGUUACAGAGCAAGUGUCCGAACAUGUAAGGGAAGCUGUGUAGGUUGUAAGCUAGAAUAGAAGCUGAACUAGAAGUAGGUGAGUAGGCAAAUCACAUGGACUAACUAUGCUUUUGCAGAAAAAGGUAUAGAUAACUUGCAUGUCUUGGAAAUGUGGAGGACUGCUGUGUUUUAGGGGUACUGUGUAGUACGGGGUAAUACUGUAUAUUAUCAGCUCUGGAAUUAGAGUGAAGGAGGUACAUCUACUGCUAUGAGCACUUCUCUGUUGUGGAAAAAGGAUGAAUUCUAAAGUCUGCUGUGUGUUUGCCAGCCAAAACCAGCUCAGAUUUAACAGAAGACUCCAUUUAAGACUUGAUUUACGUUUUGGUUGCAGUGACAGCCAGUGAGCUGGAAAAAAAUAAAUUAAAAAUAUAAAAAGACAA